CCUCCAUCACCACAUUUCCUGUUUGUAACUGAAACAGUACACACAAAAGAUUUUAAGAAACAGAAGAGAAAGAAGUCUGAAGCACAGCUAAAGACAGGUGUUAUUGUCAUGCUGCUCUUAACAUAACAGAGCAACAUUACCUAGGAAAAUAAGUUUGAGAGGAUUUUUAAUCUAUACAUUGUCUUAUGGCUAGUUAAGGAUUUCUCUGAAAAAAGAAGCAUGUCAGGGAACUCUGGGUGCCCCUUUUUCCUCUGGGGACUUCUAGCAUUCUUGGGCUUGGCUUUGGUUAUAUCACUGAUCUUCAAUAUUUCCCACUGUGUGGAAAAGCAACGACAAGAUAAAAUGUACAGGUACUCCAAUGACUGCAUUCCCAGGGAUGAUGAGUAUUAUAUUGAAGACACACCAAUUUAUGGUAACUUAGAUGAUAUGAUUUCAGAACCAAUGGAUGAAAACUGCUAUGAACAAAUGAAAGCCCGACCAGAGAAAUCUGUAAAUGAGAUGCAAGAGGCUACCCCAUCUGCACAGGCAACUAACGAAACACAGAUGUGCUACGCCUCACUUGAUCACAGCAUUAAGGGGAAGCGCAGGAAGCCCAGGAAACAGAAUACCCAUUUGUCUGACAAGGAUGGAGAUGAGCAAUCACAUCCAACGGAUGUCAGCAUUUCUAAGACCACCUUAGUAGACAAUUUCUCCCCAGAAAGCCAGGCAGUAGAGGAGAACAUUCAUGAUGAUCCCAUUAGACUGUUUGGAUUGAUCCGUGCUAAAAGAGAACCUAUAAACUAGCUGGACCACGAUCUAGCUCAAUGAUUUGCCUCCUGCUGAAGAUGGUUGCUAAGAAAACAAGAUCCACAGAGGACACAGAAGGACUUGGCAGCGGGAUGAUGGCCUGAUUAUCUGUUGAUGAGAUGGUGGCUUACCCCUUAUUCAGAGCUUACACUUAUACAUGCCAAAUGUAAUGCCAUGAAAACCAGUAUUUCAAAUAACUUAAAAAAUGCUUCACUACUAAAAUGUAAAAACUUAAUGUGCUCAUCUCAGCAACACAUAUGCUAAAAAUUAAUAAAAUCCAGUUUGAAAAUUGAGCCUGAUAACAAAAUUACAAAUUCACAAUACCUAAUAUUUAGGGAAAUAAAAAAAAAUUUAAGCAUGAAUAUAUUGUGGAACACAUUAGGAGAAAAAGCCAAUGAGUUUUUUUUUUUUUAAUCGCCUUUCUCACCAAUGGGAAACACCCCAUAAUUGAAAGAAAUUUCUGAUUGAAAGGUAUAAGAAAUAUUAAAAUGCAUUAAUUACUAAGAGAAGUAAUAUAAUCUUGUUACAAGGUAUUUUUCCCAAAGAUAGCUUUACUAUUUCAAAAAUUGUCAAAUUAAUGCAUGCUCCUGCAACAAAGAAAUAUCAAAAAGAGUUGAGAAAUUCUACUAGUCAGAGACAAUCACUUUGAGAAACUUACUAUAUAUCCUUCUAAAUAUUUUUGAGAUGCUUAUGUGUAUACAUCAGUUUUUUUUUUUAAACCAAAAAUCUGGUUUAUUUUGUACACAUUACUUAAACUUUCCUCACUUAACAAUAUAUUGUGGAUUUAUUUUCACUGUUAUAUUUAACUAUAUAUAAAUAUACAUCACAAUUUUAAUGUCUGCAUAGCACCUCACUGAUAAACAAAUCAGAGUUUAUUUAAAUAAUUCUAAUGACUUUUAAAAACAAUUUAUUGAUACAAAAAGCAAGGUUGAGAUGACAAUGUUUCUUUCAGUAAUUAAAAAAACUAUUGCUUCACUAUCUUCUCACUUUGUUUCCGAUGAAACAUCUACUGUAAUGCUUGUCUUUCUCCUUAUGUGUGAUAUACAUUAUUUUUCUGAUUAAGAUUUUUCUUAUUACUGGUUCUAAUUUGAUUAUAAUGUGCCAAGGUAUGGUUAUUUUUCAAGUGUCUUGUGUUUGGAAUUUGUUGAGCUUCUUAGAUCUACGUAUUUAUAGUUUUUAUCAAAUUUGGGGGAAAGUGACCAAUAUUUUUUUCUGUGAUCCUUCUUAUUUUCAAGUUUUUCCAUUACUUGCAUGGUCCCACAUUUUACUUAUCUAUUUCACUCUUUUUUGUAUUUCAUUUUAGAUAGUUUUUCUUGCUAUGUCUUCAAUUCUGUGAAUCUUUUCUUCUAAAUCAUCUAAUCUGCCAUAAUCCUAGACAGGACUUUUUAAUCUCAGAUAACUUAGUUUUUAUUUCUAUAAAUUUAGUGUGGGUCUUUUGUCCCCCAUCUUUCAUGUCUCUAACAUACUUAAUCUCUCCUCUAACUUCUUCAAUGGAUGAAUACAAUGCUAACAAUUGUUUUAAUGCUUUUUAAAAUAUACUAAUUCUAUCAUCUGUCACUCUGAGUUUCAACUGAUUUAUUUUUCUCAUUGUGGGUUAUAUUUUUCUGUCUCUUUAAAUGCCUUAUGAUUUUUGAUUGGGCAGAAAACAUCGUAAAUUUUCCUUUGAUUGGACAUGCAUAUCUUGGUAUUCCCAUAAAUGGUUUUGAGCUAUGUUUUUAGCUAGUUACAUAGCUAACUGAAAACCAUCAAGUUACUUGAACACAAUUUGAUCAUUUAGAAUCUUGCUUUUAAAUUUUGUUAGUUUAUAAGCUGCUCUGGCUUAGUUUAAGUUAAAUUUAGUUUAUUACUGAGGAAAGUCCCUCGUUGGUACCACUGUUCAUGAAUUAUGAGGUUUUGCACUUCAGCUGUUGAAAACACACUAUUCCCUGUCAUGUCUGAGUCAUCAGCACUGUUUUCUUUAUUCUUUUCAGGUGGAUUUUCCCCCAAGUUUGGGUAGUUUUCAGACUUGCAUGCACUAACCAGUAUUUAACUGAACACUUGAGGGCAAUUCUUCAAGUACCUCCAGAGUUUUCUCUACAUGCAGCUCUCUUCUCUCCAGUACUCUGCCUGUUUGGCUUCUCUUGACCUGGAGCUCCAUCUCCAAUUCAAGAGAUCGGUGGACUUUUACCUAGGUUUCCUCUACCUGCUCCAAGGCCUGAAACUUUCCUCCAGGCAGUAAGAUAGGGUGAUACGAGGGUUUACCUCAUUUGUUUCCCAUCUUUCAGCGACCCUUGUCCUGCAUUGCCUGAAACAGUAUGUCAGGUGCCAUUGUUUCAUCUACUUUGUCAGGAUUUUUGGUUGUUUCAGCCAGCAGAAUAUGUUCAGGCAGGAGGGUAAAUCUAAGAUGUUAUUCUAUCUUGGCCAGAAGCAGAAAUCCAAGGCAUUCUUACCCCUUUACUGUAAUUCUAUAGUAUAUUUUUAGUGUAAUUUAGUAUAAUUCCAUAACCUAACCAGUACUAUUUGAGAUGUUCAUAAGCUAUGAAUUACUGAUCAUGUAAUUAUUAGGGACUACAUAUACAUCCCCUGGGACAGUUCUCAGGACUUAUGUUCCAGAAGGAGUACAGGAUGAAUAUCCCUCAGUAAAAGUACUUGAACCAGAAGUGUUUCUGAUUUUUAAAUUUUUGAAUAUUCAUAUGUAAUGAGGUAUCUGAGGGAUGGGACUUAAGUCUAAACAGAAAAUUAAUUUAUGUUUAUAUAUGCAGAGCUUGAGGGUCAUUUUAUGUACUAUUUGUAAAUAAUUUUUGUAUUCAUCGCAUAAUGUCAGAUGUGGAAUUUUCCACUUCUGAAGUCAUGGCGGUCAAAAAGUUUUCCGUUUUGGAACAUUUUGAAAUUUGGAUUUUCAGUUUAUGGAUCCUCAGCCUGUAUCAUUAUAAGCCUUAACAUUUCAACUGAAAAAAAAAAAUGUGUACAGAGGAAAAGGAAAACAGAAUUUAUUACUAGAAAACAGAUGAAUUCCAAGUCCUGAAAUUUUCACUGACAAUGUUUUAAAGUUUCAAAAAGUUGAACUCAAAAUCUGAAGAAUAGAAGGGAUAACUAAUUUCCUUUUGGUAUUAAAUGGCUUAUUUCUGGCAAAGUAAAGUGUGGGUGAUUAGUUUAGACAUAUGCUUUAAAUCUUUCUCUGAGGUUUUGUCAUUUGAUUAACAGGACAAUUUAUAUUAACACAGAAAAACAGCACAUUGACAGAAAGGAACAGGAUAGAAUGUAAAUUCAACAGAGGUACACUUCUAGAUGCUGUCUGCCAUUCCUUUAACCUCUUCUGAGGGACUCUUCACUCACUCACAGCUUCUACUGCCCAGGAAGUCAUGGCUGACUGAAUCAAGGGUGGGACCUGAAUCAAGACAGUAGAUUCUCUUUUUGAGUUUCAAUAAAACUUUAUUUACAAAAACAAUCAGUCCAGAUGUAGCCUAAGGCCAUAGUUGGCUGAUGCCUGGCAAGAUCACUUGUUUCACUAGUGGCUUGCAAAAUGAUAUUCUAGUCCUGUUAUUCCUACUUCAUUUAUUAGUUGGAAUAUAUUUUAAGAAGAAGACAAUAGAUUCAUCUGUGAACCAAUCUAGAUACAAGAGACUGGAUAGUGAUCAGAACCAAAAAAAA